AUGCUAUCACCUCGAGACGAUGAUGACGACGACAGUCACCUCUGUAUCAAAUGUAACACCACCAUCGUUGGUCUUGAGAACUACGUCAAGCAUAGAAAGGAGCGAUGCGGAAAGAAACGUGAAAAUAAGACGGAUCUUCCCACAAUAGACACUUUAGAACCUUCUUACAGUCUCGGAGCAGAUGUUUUCUUUCAAUCUUUGGAACUACAGAGCAGCGUCAAAAAAACUUCUCUUGCGAGACUUACUCCACCUAUUCCAAUAACGAAGCCCACCGUUGAUAGAAAGAACUCUUCAGUAAUUGCUUCAACUUCUCGUGAUCUUCCAAGAAUGAGCCCAUUAGAAACCAACUUAAGAGGCGAAGAUUGGAUUGGAGGGCAUAGUUUAAGAAUGAAGAUAGAUGGUAGUAACGAAGAUAACCAAACAAAAUUGAUAAACGCUGUAGCUAGUAUCAGUGGGGUAGCUAAGAAAGAAAUUCCAACUUCUUCUUACAGUAUCACAUCGUAUCACGAUUAUAAAGGGGAUGAUGACUCCGAGGAGUCAGAAGAAUCUGAGGAUGAUGAUGAAGAUGAAGUUCACGCAACUGGAGGGAAGUGGAAACCACCCCCUAAUUAUACUGGUGGUAAAUGGAGACCCGAAUCACCAGAACAUGAAGACUGGGAUAUAAGAGAAGAUCAGGAACAUUCUGGAGGAAAAUGGAAACCUAUAAUGCCGGACUCACAUGAUAGAGACGAUGAUUAUGAUGCACCACCACCUAGCUAUACUAAAGGUAAAUGGGUCCCAGGCGCUAAUGAAAAAACUCAAAUAAUGCAAACGACAAUACAAAACAAAGGCUCGGUACAAUAUUGGUGUGGUCCCUGCAACAGACGUCUCGGUUCAAGAGCCAUUUACGAAAAGCAUCUCAUGUCAAAUUUACAUAUAAGAAAUGUUCUCCCAGAACAUGAAUUAGAAUUUUCAGGUCAUUUAGAGCCACUGCGCAUUGUGGAGAAACGAGCAACUCGACCAUCAAAAUAUCUAGAUAGUGCCGUAUACUCACAGUCGCAACGAAAGAAACGCACAAGUGGUCCCAAAGUCCUUAUUCCUAUGGAAAACAAAAAACGAAAGAGAAAACCCCAUUAUGUUCAAUGCUCCGGUUGUAAAUCUCGCGUAAGACUUCAUCUAAUGGGAAAGCAUUUGAUAUCGCAUUAUCAUUUUAGAAAAGCAACUGAAACGCGAAGCCCUGCCUACCAACAGCUGAUUUUGGACAACAUCGAUGCUAUAGUUCAUCAGUCACCAUUCCAAUGCAGUCCUUGCAAGUUUUACACUAAUUGGUUGUCAAGUUUCAUGCAACAUUGGUAUUCUGAAGAACAUGAACAGCACGUGCAAUCCAUAUACGGAAGAUGCUGGUGCUCUUUUUGUAAGUUUGAAUGUGAUUCAAGUCAAGAAAUGCUAGAUCAUUUGUCCAGUUCCGAACACUCUGAAGUCGUCGCAGUCAUAAACAGAUCCAUGCCAAUUAUAAUCAGGAAAAAAACUAUAAUUAGUUGUGAAACUUGUCACAAAGAAUUCCGGUACAACAUGGAAGUGAAAAGACAUUGCAAGCAGACUGGCCACAAACUUACUUAUUCGGCCACCGAUGAUUAUCAAGAACUGCAUAAAUGCCAGCAUUGCGAUGUAAAAUUCAAAUCUUCCGUGACACUAGCUGCGCAUCUAAAGUCUAAACACAAACAAAGAGCUUUCUUGUGUUUAGUUUGCAACAGAUCAUUUAGCACGGCAACAGAGGCGAAGCAACAUCGUCAAACUUCAGAACACAGAGUAAAGAGAAAGGAGUUAAUGAGGGAAAAGGGACUCCUUACUACAGAUUUAAGUAAGAAGUGUCCGUAUUGCUCAGAACGAGUUAUUUUAAAGAAUAUUAUCGAACUUAAAGAUCACAUACGAAGAAUUCAUCCACAUAUUAAGAAGAAAUGUCCCACCUGCGGAAUGGCGUUCAUCCUUUCUCAAGAAGUGUCUCGUCAUGUUAGAUCAAACUCUUGCCAAUUUCAAAAUCCUUCAAAUACUUCCAUCCGUUGGAACUGCAGUCAAUGCCUGUUCACUACUGAUUCCCAGGCAGAAUGUUUCUUUCAUGAAGUUCUACAUUCCAAUCCAUCCUCAGAAGUCCAAGAAGUUAGUGGUCAACUUAAAGUUAUCCAGAAAUAUUCCUGUCCAAUAUGUCCAAAGAGUUUUCGAAAGGCAUCGUUACGUCACCAUCUUAGGCAGCACACAUUUGAAAGACCCUUCGUGUGCUCAAUUUGUGGAGCUAAUUUUACAAGACAGAGUAGCAUGGCGAAUCAUAUAAAGAGUGAACAUGGCAGUAACAUGUUGGAUGUUAAACUAGAAAAAAUUGAAGAAACUCCCAGUACCUCAACACCGCGAGAAGUCACAUGCGAGAAAUGCAAAAAGGAACUUGACGGCAAAGCCGCCUUAACACGUCACAUAUCAAGAUGCAUGAUAGGAGUUGAAAGGCUGUGUCCACACGUUGAUUGCUCCUACGUAGCUACAACAGCAGCACAACUUGCGAGACAUCGUCGAGCACACGGUGAACGGAUCAAGCAUCACAGUUGUUCGUUUUGCACAUUUAAGACAGAUCAAGCAAGUCAUUUGAAAAGACACAUGUUAUGUCACCAAGGUGUUAAACCCUAUGCUUGUCCUCAUUGCCAGUUCACCUGUGGUAGUUUGGAGAACCUUCGCAAGCACGUACUCCGAAGUGGCCGACACGUCGGUCUUUAUCUCUACAAGUGCCACCUUUGCCAAUACCAAAUUAACACGGCUAAAGCCUUACGUGGUCACCUUGUUGAAGAUCAUGCUGAUAAAUUUGACAUGAAAACUGCGGUGCAGGCUGUGAAGACUCACUUGAUGGUUGUAAGAGAUCAAGGAAAAUAAAGAAAAAAGUUUAUAGUAUGUACGUAAAUAGAUACCUC